AUGGAGUCCAACGCCCUCUCUCAACUCAAAACCCUGCUAUCCGCCGCCCCAACCCUCCGCGCUCAACUCAGCAACACCGAGCGCCUCCAACUCAGCGGCUUAGCCGAAGCACUUCGGAAUGAGCUGGAAAGACCAGAUGAAGCUGUCUUCCGGGUGACGUUUAAUGAGCCUGGACAUUAUCUCGCUAUUCGACUCGCUUUGCAAUGGGAAGUUUUCGAGGCGCUGGGUGAUGUUGGAGAGAAGGGGGUGUCGUGUGAGCAGAUUGCUGAGGGCGCGGGGGCGGAUGCAAGAUUGGUUGCGCGCUUCCUAUGCCAUCUAGCAGCAAACGGGACAAUCCGUGAAGUCGAUGUCGAUACCUACGCAAGCGCUCGGCUCUCAGCUUCUUUGAGGCAGAAGUCUUUCAAAGAUGCUAUACACUUCAUGUUCGACGACUUCUACAACGUAGGCUGGCGCGUCCCCUCGUUUCUCGACUCAAUCUCCCACCGCAACCCAUCAGAUAUCAACAACGGCCCAUUCCAGCACGCCCAUGGCUUCUCUAACAAGUCGCUGUACACGUAUUUCGACGAAGACGCAGCUAUGGGAGAGCGCUUCGGCGGCAUGAUUCAAAUGUACAACGCUGGCAAACCUUUCUUUUGGGAGGAUGGGUACUACCCGUUCAGAGAGCGGUUAGUGGAAGGUGGACCUGUGUCUGACGAGGAGGUGCUACUUGUUGACAUCGGAGGCGGUGAUGCGGGCGAUCUGGGUCUGUUGAGGAAAGCGCUUGGAGAUGAUGUCAAAGGUCGACUUGUGCUGCAAGAGUUGAAGCAUAUUGUUGAUAGGAGCGAGCAAGAUGGGUUUGAAGCGCAUGUGGGGGGUUGGAAUGAGGUUCAGCCGAUCAAAGGUGCAAGAGCAUAUAUGCUUCAACAUGUUCUCCAUGACUUCAGUAGCGAGGACGCAUGUCGCCGUAUCCUGAGCAACAUCGUCCUCGCUAUGAAGCCCGGGUACUCCAAGCUUCUCAUCAAAGAGCUAGUCAUACCCGAUCGAAACGCACCAUGGGCGUUUACGGCCAUGGACGUCAACGUCAUGCAAUCGCUUUCUGGUCAAGAGCGAACAGAGUCGCAGUUUCGCGAACUUCUGGAGUCGGUGGGACUGAAGAUCGAGGGUAUUUGGGGUCAUGAGAACGCGUUGGAUGUGGUUAUUGAAGCCUCUCUGCCCAACUAA